CCGCUAUCCCACCCCAGCCGCUUUUCGAACAUGUUUCUUCUAGUGAAACAAUAACAAACAUUAGUGAAACCUGUAUUGAUUUUUUACAAACUCACCGAAUCACCUGUAAUCCUGGUUUGUUUUCAUUUGCCUACACAUAUCAACCUAUUUAUUCCUACCUGCCUUCGCCAAGGUAACGAACAAUGGUUGUCGCUAGUGAAAACCAAAUGCAAUCGCCUUCUUGGAUUAGUAGCAGACGGUCUAGCGUGCCGAGACGUGGCAAUAAGUAAUUUUAAACAGCGCAGAAAGAAUCGGCAGGAAAAAUCGAUUCGCAUUUUCCGAGCGUGUGAGCCAUGAGCAAAUCUCCACCAUCGGAAACAACCAGCGAUACACUAAGCGUGAGCGAUGAAUCCAUCACAGCUUCGACCGCCAGUUUGUCCCCAUUUCCGGUGAAAUCGAAUGCUUUAGCCUCAGCUAAAUCGGGAAAGAAAAUGGCCCUGAAGGAGGAGCCUAAGGAGCGACCGCCGUGGCGUCCGGCCAGUGUCAGUUUGGUUCCGAAAAGCGAUCUUCGAGCUAGAAUUCUGGAUGCGUCUAAACGGCUGCGGCGCGUGAAUGCAUCUGUUCAAACCGAUCCGACCCACACGAAGCUGAUGAAGGAAGCGUCCACCGAUGAGCAGGAAGAUCUCAUUCCGAUGAAGGAUGAAGAAGUUCUUACGGACGGAAAUUUAGUGGUGAAAGAAGUUGGCAAUCUGAUUUUCACACAUUCGGUUGCACAGAUGACUGACACGGCAGAGACAAUCGAUGUGGCCACCCAGACGGCGCUGCCUCGCAGUGCCGUGUCGUUUCGAAAAUUUUUGGAAGCCACCGGAGGCGGCGAACCGGAAUCACAGUUUUUGACCGACGACGCACCAAUUGAAUUUGGGCAGCAAUCUUCCAGCUUUGAGGAGUUAAUGAAAAUAGACCAAAAGAUCAAGCAGCUUUUCAACAGCUCAGAGUUGGAAGUUAUAGAACCAUCGGCGGAUAUAACCACUAUUGACGACAGUACUAACGAUAGAAAUACUCCAGAUCUUCUGGCGACAUCCUCGCAGGAUUUUGGGUUGCACAAACCGUCUUUGCUAGAACCUUCAACCUACUCUUCGUGGCAAAUUCCUGACUUUUCCGACGAGGAAUCGGAAGAAUACGUUGCCCGUGAACUUCCCCGACGCACUAUUGGUGAAGGCGAACAACCGUGGGCGAAUUUCAAGGAUCUCGUAAUCGGAUCGCGGGUUGUCAAUAUGCGUCUCUCGCCGGUGUUACCAAGAAAACCCAAAACAAACAAGAAAUCAGUCACAUGGAGUGAUACCCAGCGUCGGGCUGUCUCUGAACUGUUGCACGAGGCCACUGCACUGGUGGAUAUCUUCGACCAGGUUUCGAUGCUUCUCGGCCCGGACAUUAAGCUGCAUACCAUUUCGGCGGGUGAAGACGACUUCAAGCUACCCCCACCCAAAUGGGAACCCCUUCUGACGAAAUCCUGUCACAUAUUGGAGGAAAAGUUGGCGAACGUGCGGCAUCUGACCUGCGAGGAUUUAGACGAACAAAUACUGAUGCCGAAACAGUCGACAACGAAGCCGGUGAUUGAUAUUGAAGUUAGUCUGUAACUAGAUUUCGAAAGUUGUUUAUUUGCAAACUUAACAUAUGUGCUGCAAUUAUACAAGGAUGGGUGUUAACAAUAAAUUUUGACCGUCAGCUUAAA